AUGUCGUCCGGCGGCCCCACCACGAACUCCUCGAACACCAGCCCAAGGGUCGCCGCGGGGCCCACCACCACGCGCCGUCGCGUGGCCGAGAACAACAACAACAACAUCAACAAUGCAGUCGACGCGGAGAAGCAGUUGCAGCAGCAGCAGGCGUCGUCGAGUUUCUCUGAUUUCUCGGAAGUGGAGCCCGACGAGACCUCCACGCACGCACACCACCACCUGCAUCCGGUGAUGCGUUAUCUGCUUCUCCGCGCUCGUGUGCUUCUCUGCGUGCCGGAAUCGCUUUUCAUGCGCGUGGAACAGCUGGCGCUGUGGCUGGCGGGGUCGGUGCAGGGUCUCCGGUCUGGGAAACACGUGGGGCGGAGGAUCUUUGCGGCGCUGAUCGGUCUGCUGGUGAUGUCGGUGUUCCUGAAAGUGGCGCUGCUCGGAAGCGGCGUGGAGAUGAACGGGAAAAGAUUCAAGAGCAUCGGGAACGGCCAACUCAUUCUGCAGCGCUUCAAGGAGGAUUGGACCUACGCUCAACGGGUCAUCACUGAAACCCGACCCGAACCAUCCAUGCCCAAACGGGUCCUCGAGAGGCUCCCGACUCCAGAUAUAUGGAAGAAUCCAAACAGUGACAAGUAUUACCAAUGCGUUUCUAGACCCAGGAAUGUCAUAAGGCCAAUAAAGACAAAUGGAUAUCUUCUUGUUCAUGCCAAUGGUGGAUUGAAUCAAAUGAGAACUGGGAUAUGUGAUAUGGUUGCAGUGGCAAAAAUAAUGAAUGCCACCCUUGUCCUUCCCUCUCUUGACCAUGAUUCGUUUUGGACUGAUCCAAGUGACUUUAAAGAUAUUUUUGACUGGAGGCACUUCAUGAAAGUUUUGAAAGACGACAUUGACAUAGUUGAGUACUUGCCGGUCCGGCAUGCAUCCCACAAACCUUUUGUGAAGGCCCCUGUUUCCUGGUCUAAGGCUAGUUACUACAGAGGUGAGAUUCUCCCAUUGUUGAAACGACAUAAGGUUGUACAGUUUACUCACACCGAUUCCCGGCUCGCCAACAAUGGCCUUGCUUCCUCUAUUCAGAAGCUUAGGUGCCGUGCCAAUUACCAUGCUCUCAAGUACACACCGGAAAUUGAAGAGCUUGGGAGGGUUUUGGUGGAUAGGCUAAGAAACAAUAAUGAACCAUAUAUUGCCCUUCAUUUAAGAUAUGAAAAAGACAUGCUAGCCUUCACUGGCUGCAGUCACAAUCUCACUGCUGAGGAAGCUGAGGAACUAAGGGUUAUGAGGUAUGAUGUGAAGCAUUGGAAGGAAAAAGAGAUUGAUAGUGUAGAGAAAAGGUUGCAAGGGGGGUGCCCUAUGUCACCUAGAGAGGCAGCUAUUUUUCUCAAGGCAAUGGGGUAUCCUCCCACCACAACAAUUUACAUUGUUGCAGGACCUAUUUAUGGUGGCAAUAGCAUGGAAGCCUUUCAAUCUGAGUUCCCUAAUGUCUUUACUCAUUCUACCCUUGCAACUGAUGGGGAGCUAGAACCCUUCAAGCCAUACCAAAACCGUCUCGCUGCUUUGGAUUAUAUAGUGGCCCUAGAAAGCGAUGUCUUCGUAUAUACCUAUGAUGGAAACAUGGCUAAGGCAGUGCAAGGUCAUAGGAGGUUUGAAGGGUUUCGAAAAACCAUCAACCCUGACAGAUUGAACUUUGUUAGGCUGAUCGACCAAUUGGAUGAGGGUGCCAUAUCUUGGGAAGCAUUUGCUUCUGAGGUUAGCAAUUUACAUUCCAAUAGGCUAGGUUCGCCUUAUCUUAGACAGGUAGGAGAGUCACCGAGAACAGAGGAGAAUUUUUUCGCCAAUCCCUUUCCUGGUUGUGUGUGUAACAAGUCUGAGGAGCAAAUUACAAGCCAUAAACUAGAGCAUCGAUUUGGUUCUGAGGCACAAAAAUAG